CUUUCAAUCUUUUCCACUCCAACCCCCCAUUAUCUCUCUCUCUCUCUCUAAAUUUGUGUUUGUUGCUAAAGAAAACAACAACAAACAAACACAAAUGAUUGCAGUGGUGCUCUACUCUCUGCUCUUCAUCUUCGGCCUCCUCUACACCCUCCUCUCUCCAUGGCUCAAUUCACUCAAAGAUCCCACCAAGCCCCCCGCUGCUCCUCCUGCGCCGCCGAUCGGAGGGCUGAGGGGCGUGUUCGCGACGUUCGACAAGAACAAGGACGGAUUCAUCACGAAGCAGGAGCUGAGGGAGUCUCUCCACAAUAUGGGGAUUUUGGCGGGAGAGAAGGAUGUGGAGGAUAUGGUGGACAAGGUGGAUUUCAACGGCGACGGCCUCAUUGAUUUCGACGAGUUCUGCAAGCUCUACGAGACCAUGGAGGGAGGCGGAGAAUCAGCAGCGGCGGCGGCAGAUGGGGAUGGGGAUUUGAGAGAUGCGUUUGAUGUGUUUGAUGGGAACAAAGAUGGGCGGAUCACGGUGGAGGAAUUGGGGAUGGUUUUGUCUUCCUUGGGAUUCAGUGAGGGGAGCAAGAUUGAGGACUGCAAGGAGAUGAUCAGAAAGGUGGAUGUUGAUGGAGAUGGGAUGGUUGAUUUUGAGGAGUUUAAGAAGAUGAUGACACACGGCCUUGGAAGCCUUAUUGCAGUUUCUUGAAGGAGUUUUUACAGAUUUCAAUUCAUGUUUUACUCCUUUUACACUGCUACUACUGAUUUUCCAUCAAUAUACUAGUAUCUAACUCUUCAUCAUCAUCUUCUGUCAAAGUUAAUUAGUGACACUCUUGAAUCUUGAUUAGUGUGUUUUGGAUUAUUAAUUGGAUGUACAGAUGGCUUAACAUGUGGGGUUUGAGAGAUCAUCCUCUGGCUCUGUUAGAUCUGCAGUUUGUGUCUGAUAUAUAUUACUGUAGUGUAGUAAGUGUAGUACAGUUGGACACACACAAGAUUUGAUAGUAUAUUAUUAAUGAAAGAGGAUACAUAUGUUUUCUUUGCUAA